AUGUUCUCUCAAGUUGAGCUGUCCUCUCAAGUUGAGCUUUCCUCUCAAGUUGAGCAGUCUGCUCAAGUUGAGCUGUCCUCUCAAGUUGAGCUGUCCUCUCAAGCUGAGCUGUCCUCGCAAGCCGUGCUGUCCUCGCAAGCUGUGCUGUCCUCGCAAGCUGUGCUGUCCUCGCAAGCUGUGCUGUCCUCGCAAGCUGUGUUAACCUCACAAGCUGUGCUGUCCUCGCAAGCUUUGCUGUCCUUGGAAGCUGUGCUGUCCUCGCAACCUGUGCUGUCCUUGCAACCUGUGCUGUCCUCGCAAGCCGUUCUCUCCUCGCAAGCUGUGCUGUCCUCGCAAGCCGUGCUGUCCUCGCAAGCCGUGCUGUCCUCGCAAAAUGUGCUGUCUUCGCAAGCUGUGCUGUCCUCGCAAGCUGUGCUGUCGUCUCAAGUUGAGCUGCCCUCUCAAGUUCAGCUGCCCUCUCAAGUUGAGCUGUCCUCUCAAGAUGAGCUGUCCUCUCAAGUUGAGCUGUCCUCUCAAGUUGAGCUGUCCUCUCAAGUUGAGCUUUCCUCUCAAGUUGAGCAGUCCGCUGAAGUUGAGCUGUCCUCUCAAGUUGAGCUGCCCUCUGAAGCUGAGCUGUCCUCGCAACCUGUGCUUUCCUCGCAAGCUGUGCUGUCCUCGCAAGCUGUGCUGUUAUCGCAAGCUGUGCUGUCCUCGCAAGCUGUGCUGUCCUCGCAAGAUGUGCUGUCCUCGCAAGCUGUGCUGUCCUCGCAAGCUGUGCUGUCCUCGCAAGCUGUGCUGUCCUCGCAAGCCGUGCUGUCCUCGCAAAAUGUGCUGUCCUCGCAAGCUGUGCUGUCCUCGCAAGCUGUGCUGUCCUCGCAAGCUGUGCUGUCCUCGCAAGCUGUGCUGUCCUCGCAAGCUGUGCUGUCCUCGCAAGAUGUGCUGUCCUCGCAAGCUUUGCUGUCCUCGCAAGUUGUGCCGUCUUCUCAAGUCGUACAGUCCGCUCAAGUUGAACUGUCCUCUCAAGUUGAGCUGUUAUCUCAAGCUGAGCUGUCCUCGCAUCCUGUGCUUUCCUCGCAAGCUGUGCCCUCCUCGCAAGCUGUGCUGUCCUCGCAAGCUGUGCUGUCCUCGCAAGCUGUGCUGUCCUCGCAAGCUGUGCUGUCCUCGAAAGCUGUGCUGUCCUCGCAAGCUGUGCUGUCCUCGCAACCUGUGCUGUCCUUGGAAGCUGUGCUGUCCUCGCAACCUGUGCUGUCCUCGCAACCUGUGCUGUCCUCGCUAGCCGUUUUCUCCUCGCAAGCUGUGCUGUCCUCGCAAGCUCUGCUGUCCUCGCAAGCUGUGCUGUCGUCGCAAGCUGUGCUGUCCUCGCAAGCUGUGCCGUCCUCGCAAGCUCUGCUGUCGUCUCAGGUUGAGCUGCCCUCUCAAGUUCAGCUGCCCUCUCAAGUUGAGCUGUCCUCUCAAGUUGAGCUGUCCUCUCAAGUUGAGCUGUCCUCUCAAGUUGAGCUGCCCUCUGAAGUUGAGCUGUCCUCUCAAGUUGAGCUGUCAAGUUGA